AUGACUCUCCUAUCACGUCUUAUCAAAAAACCACGUCAGCAUGAGCCUGAAAAUCGACAAAAAACAACAGCUUUUUGCAGGUCAACCGCCUUCAAGAAUGAAGAGCAAUAAGAAGGACGAGGAGAGCAGUGGAAACGUCUAUGCUCAUCUGGACAAGACGUCGGUUCUACAGGAAGCUCGGGCCUUCAACGAGACUCCAAUCAAUGCCCGCAAAUGCGGUUUCAUCUUGGCCAAGCUGAUAUACAUUAUUCAGCAGGGCGAAUCGAUCGGGAGAACUGAGGCUACCGAGGCUUUCUUCGGAGUUACGAAGCUUUGGCAGAGCAAGGACGUCAGUCUCCGACGCCUCAUCUAUCUGGCCGUCAAGGAACUCUCCGAAGUGUCGGAUGAUGUGAUCAUUGUGACGAGCAGUCUCACGAAAGAUAUGACCGGAAAGGAAGAUCUGUACAGAGGACCGGCCAUAAGAGCUCUCUGCAAGAUCACCGACUCCGGAAUGCUGCAGACGAUCGAGAGAUACAUGAAGCAGGCCAUCGUCGAUCGCAACAGCGCCAUUUCUUCUUCUGCCAUCGUGUCUUCGACUCAUUUGAUGCGCAGAUCUCCUGAAGUCAUCCGUCGAUGGGCCAAUGAAGUGCAGGAGGCCGUAUCUUCGGAUAAUCAUAUGGUGCAGUACCAUGCCCUUGCUCUUCUCUAUCACAUCCGCGCCAAUGAUCGUUUGGCCGUCAACAAGCUCGUGCAAAAGUUCAGCAAGAACGCUCUCCGCAGUCCGUACGCCGUCUGCUACCUCAUCCGCAUCGCCACCAGAUGCCUUGUCGAGGAUGAUCAGUCAGUUUUCCCUUUUUUUCUCAACAUCAGUUUCAUAUUUCAGGCCAGAUUCCGCCAGCUUCACUUUCAUCGAGUCGUGCCUACGUCACAAGAGCGAGAUGGUCGUGUACGAAGCCGCCAGAGCGAUCGUCUCUCUUCCACACACCACUCCGUAAGUUCUGAUCUUGGUGUUUCUGAAAAUGAACAAAUGAUUCCAGAUCUGAGAUCCAGCCGGCUAUCACCGCCCUCCAAAUGUGCUGCACUUCUCCGAAGGCCGCUGUUCGCUUUGCCGCCGUCCGUACUCUCAACAAAGUCGCCAUUAAUCACCCGAACGCUGUGAUGAGCUGCAACGUCGACCUGGAGAAGUUCAUCACUGAUCCGAACCGAUCGAUUGCUACACUGGCCAUCACCACUCUUCUGAAGACUGGGGCAGAAUCGAGCGUUGAGCGUCUCAUGCAGCAAAUCUCUGGAUUCGUAAACGAGAUUUCUGACGAGUUCAAAAUUGUCGUCGUCGACGCCAUCCGCUCUCUUUGCUCUCGUUAUCCGCGCAAGCACGCCGUCAUGAUGCCGUUCCUGGCCAAGAUGCUUCGCAACGAUGGAAGCUACGACUACAAGAAGGCGAUCGUUCAGACUAUCAUUGCGAUCAUCGAGGAAAAUCCCGAUGCCAAGGUGGCUGGACUCGCUCAUCUUUGCGAGUUCAUUGAGGAUUGUGAGCACGAUAACCUCUCCACUCGUGUGCUCCAUCUGCUCGGAAGAGAAGCCCCGAAGACUCCGAACCCGUCGAGCUACAUCCGCUUCAUCUACAAUCGUGUCAUUCUGGAGAGCACCAAGGUUCGUGCCGCCGCCGUCACCGCUCUCGCCAAGUUUGGAGCCCAAUGCGUUGAUCUCCGCCCGUCAAUCCAAGUGCUUCUGAAGCGCUGUCUUCUAGAUUCUGACGAUGAAGUUCGUGAUCGUGCCACGUUCUACCUGAAGAUGCUGACUGAGGCGGCUGAGUCACUCAUUCAUAACUUCAUUCUCGACGGUCUUCAAGUGUCGCCGUCGGGCCUGGAGCGUUCGAUUCUCGAUUAUCUUCGUGGUGGAGUCUACUCUGCUCCGUUCGACAUUCGCACCGUUCCAGUCACCCAACAAGCUCUGUCUCAACCGGAGAAGAGAGUUUCAGCGAUGGUGGAGGAAGAGGAGAAACCAAAGACCCCGAAGGUUGAGCCGUACGCUGCUCAACUGGCCGCCAUUCCAGCGUUCGCUGCUCUGGGACUGGUCUUCAAAUCUGGAACUCGCAUUGCACUUACCGAAUCGAUUGCUGAGUACACUGUGCACAUGAUUAAGCACACCUUUGCCAAUGCUAUCGUUCUGCAGGUAAUUUUCGUCCUAAAAUGCUUCAAAUUUGCAUUAUCUCGUUUUCAGUUCGAAUGCAAGAACACGUUGCAAGAUCAGCUUCUCCUCGAUGUCUCCGUUGAUUUGGAAGAUCCGGAAGGCGAAUGGGAACCGAAGACCGCCGUCAAAAUCGACAAGCUGCCAUACGGAGAGGUUCAUUCGGCGUACUCUCUUCUUGAAUUCCCGGAUUCUGGAGUUAUUUCUGGAAGCCUUGGUGCAACCCUCAAGUUCAAUGUGAUGGAUGUGGACCCGACGACUCAAGAACCGGAAUCCGAAGAUGUCUACGAUCAGACAUAUGUGCUCGAAGAGGUCGAUGUCAGCGUGUCGGAUUCGGUGCAAGGAGUGGCGAAGUCGGCGUUCGGAAGUGCCUGGGAGGCGCUUGGAGACGAUGGAACGAGAGAAGAGACGUUCCAGUUGUCCACUGUCGAAAAUAUUCCUGACGCCGUCAAAAAGAUUUCCGAGAUACUUGGUCUUGUUCCUUGUGAACGAUCGGAUCGUGUGCCGGAAGGCAAAACUCAGCACACUGUUUUCCUUUCCGGAAUUUUCCGAGGUGGAUUCGAUGUUCUCUCGAAGGCCACCGUCGCCGUAGAUCCAAGUGACAAUUCGAUCAAUAUGAACAUCAUUAUCAAGUGAGAUUUUGUGAUUUGGAAUGCAUUUUCAUAGACUUCUUCAGAUCGAAUGAGCCGCUCGUUGCCGAUCUUGUUAUCUCGGCAGUCGUCUAA